UCGAGAUUGGAGCGACGAAAAAACCCUAGCUUACUCCAUACGGGAGCGCGACCGUGUGUUGGUGAUAUCUUUUCCAGCCUCUGCCUGCCUCAAACCUUGAGGAGCUCUGCAACUAGGAGAGCGGCUCUGAUUGGGUGCCGAGGAGGGAUCUAACGAGUAAAGGAAGCUCUUAUAGGGUUUCAUAUCCGGCGUAGCAGCACUAGCAGGUUGCUGUAUUGAUUUCGUUGCUUUCAUAUCCCUUAAAAUGGCUGAUGGACAAGAAACUGACAAGAACAUUGAGAUAUGGAAGGUCAAGAAAUUGAUCAAGGCACUUGAAUCUGCCAGAGGCAAUGGUACCAGCAUGAUCUCACUGAUCAUGCCUCCACGUGAUCAGAUUUCUCGUGUCACUAAGAUGUUAGGCGAUGAAUUUGGAACUGCUUCAAACAUCAAAAGUAGGGUUAACCGUCAGUCAGUGCUGGGUGCUAUUACAUCGGCCCAGCAGAGGCUGAAGCUUUACAAUAAGGUCCCUACUAAUGGAUUGGUACUGUAUACUGGAACCAUUGUAACAGAGGAUGGGAAGGAAAAGAAGGUGACUAUUGACUUCGAACCUUUCAAACCUAUCAAUGCAUCACUUUAUCUCUGUGAUAACAAGUUCCAUACAGAGGCUCUAAAUGAACUCUUAGAAUCUGAUGAUAAAUUUGGCUUUAUUGUCAUGGAUGGAAAUGGGACUCUUUUUGGGACAUUAAGUGGAAACACGCGCGAGGUGCUUCAUAAAUUUACAGUUGAUCUUCCAAAGAAGCACGGAAGGGGAGGGCAAUCUGCUCUUCGGUUUGCCCGUCUUCGAAUGGAGAAACGUCACAAUUAUGUGAGGAAAACAGCGGAGCUUGCAACACAAUUUUUCAUCAAUCCUGCCACAAGUCAACCUAAUGUUGCUGGAUUAAUACUUGCUGGAUCAGCUGAUUUUAAAACAGAGCUAAGCCAGUCAGAUAUGUUUGAUCCCCGUCUCCAGGCCAAGAUCCUGAAUGUUGUUGAUGUUUCUUAUGGCGGGGAGAAUGGUUUCAAUCAAGCCAUUGAACUUUCUGCGGAGAUUCUAUCAAACGUGAAGUUCAUACAAGAGAAGAAACUGAUUGGGAAGUAUUUUGAGGAGAUAAGCCAGGACACGGGGAAGUAUGUCUUUGGUGUGGAUGAUACCCUGAAGGCUCUGGAGAUGGGUGCUGUUGAGACACUUAUUGUGUGGGAAAACCUGGACAUUAACAGGUAUACACUGAAGAAUAGCAGUACAGGUGAAAUUAUUAUAAAGCAUUUGAACAAAGAUCAAGAGGCUGAUCAGAGCAACUACCGGGAUUCUGCCACUAGUUCGGAAUUGGAGGUUCAGGAGAAGGUUUCUCUGCUUGAGUGGUUUGCUAAUGAGUACAAAAACUUUGGCUGCACUCUAGAAUUUGUCACUAAUAAAUCCCAAGAAGGCUCCCAGUUCUGCAGAGGUUUUGGUGGCAUUGGUGGCAUGCUCCGCUACCAGCUUGAUAUCCGGUCCUUCGAUGAGGUUUCUGAUGACGGAGAAGUUUACGAGGAUUCUGACUAGCAAUCAAUCAAACCUUAUUUAAAGCCUGGUGCAGAAGGUUGUGCAAAAGUGCCUGCACUGGGUGGGCGUGUUAUUCGCUCGUUACUGCUGCUGCUCCUGCUCUGGUCAAUUUUUUGAGAGGGUUCGUGGUUAUCAAGGGGUUUGGUGGAGCAGCUGGAUGGAAUUACUGAAGGACGGUAGCUUCUUUCUUGGCUGUAGGAAAUAGUACAAAAAGCAUGCUUUUGAUUUUUCUGGCAACUUGGUUGUUGGUGGGGAUCGUAAUGACUCAGCAGAUACAUGCAUUGACCUUUCAAAAUCUUAUUUUUGAAUUGACUGGUUAUGGAAUAUCUGCGAUUUGAACUAUGGCUCUGUAGCAGAAGAGUCUCUAGCUCUUUAUUUUAUUUUUCUUAAGCUGAUGCCCCUGGUGUUGUCCUGUCUCGGGGAAGUCCUGUUAAAUCUCAUAUUGUUCAGUCUUAACUGUUUUACUUAGUUAUUAGUUCAUAAGCUAGAAACCAAGUUUGAUGAGGCCUGUGUUUGAUGAACCAUUGCCCAAUACUACACCAUUUGGUGAUUUUGAAUUUUUAACG